AACAAUUUUUAUCUUUCUCUGUACUUAGACUCCAACGUCAUAACCAAAACUAUAAUAAAAAUGAAGACUCAUGAUUUCAUGAACGUCAACUCUUUCUCUCCAAAGGAAAGACCCAUUCGCCUCUUUGGCUUCGAGUUUGGAGCUUCUCAUGAAGAAUCUGAGUCCAAAGACUGUUACAACGAGAACAAUGAAAGCAUCAAAGACGAUAACAAAGAAAAAAGAUUCAAGUGCCACUAUUGUUUCCGGAACUUCCCUACUUCACAAGCCCUAGGCGGCCAUCAAAACGCUCACAAGAGAGAACGUCAACAAACCAAACGCUUCAACCUCCAUUCAAAUGCAGCCGCUUUCUUUCACCGCCACCAAAACCACAUUGCUGCUUCUAGGUUCUACGAGGAUCGCUUUAGCCUUGAAGCUGCUCGAAUAAACGACGCGAGAUUAGGGUUAUGUAGUAGGUAUAACUCAUCCGCAAGUUUUAAUCGCGACCGUUCAUCUUAUAAUAGAUAUAUGCCUUGGUUCAUCGGUGAUCGCCAGACUAGACCGACGUAUGUUGGUGGUGGUAGCAGCAGCCAUAGUCUGUUUUGCGAGUCCAAGAAGAAUGUACCGGACCACGUGAGUUUGGAUCUACGCCUCUAGUUCCAUUCUUUUUGUAUCUCUAGUCCUUUUUCCCUUCUUUUUAAUAGUUUUUUUUAGUUUAAUCUACUUAUGAUAGUUGAUCCCCGUAGACAUCAAAUAAUAAUAACAGUUAAACAAGUUUAUGGAGAUGAAUACAGAACUCUCAACGGUGAGCUUGUAUAUAGUUAUCUACUUUAAAUAGAGCUAAAACGUGUUA